GGCUCAACACAGUGUGGCGCCUGCUUCGCCAGAUUGACCCAUGCUAGCGGAUCCCCUUUGUUGUGAUUAACCGUUCAGCGGCUCCACUUCUACCGUAACCACUUACACUGAAAAGUUGCUAUUGUGAUCGUUUAUAGGAUGAGUGGCGGAGUGUAUGGAGGCGAUGAGGUCGGAGCUUUGGUGUUCGACAUAGGCUCUUAUUCUGUAAGAGCUGGCUAUGCGGGAGAAGAUUGUCCCAAAGCCGACUUCCCGACGGUUAUAGGUGUGACUCUUGACCGAGAGGAUGGCAGCACACCCAUGGAGACGGAUGGUGACAAGGGCAAGCAGAGUGGUACCACCUAUUACAUCGAUACCAACCAGCUGAGGGUACCCAGAGAGAACAUGGAGGUCAUGUCUCCACUCAAGAAUGGCAUGAUUGAGGACUGGGACAGUUUCCAGGCUAUUUUGGAUCACACCUACAAGAUGCACUUCAAGUCGGAACCAAGCCUGCAUCCAGUGCUUAUGUCAGAAGCUUCAUGGAACACAAGAGCGAAACGAGAGAAACUAACAGAGCUGAUGUUUGAACAUUACAACAUUCCUGCAUUCUUCCUCUGCAAAUCAGCUGUUCUCUCUGCCUUUGCAAAUGGCCGGUCUACAGGUUUAGUCCUUGACAGCGGAGCCACACAUACUACUGCCAUUCCAGUACAUGACGGUUACGUCCUGCAGCAAGGUAUUGUCAAGUCGCCCCUGGCUGGAGACUUCAUGAGCAUGCAGUGCAGAGAGCUGUUCCAAGAGCUGAGUGCCGAAAUAGUCCCUCCUUAUAUGAUUUCGUCAAAGGAUCCAGUGCGGGAGGGAUCCCCAGCCAGCUGGAAGAAAAAGGAGAAGUUACCUCAGGUUACCCGCUCAUGGCACAACUACAUGUGUAAUUGUGUGAUCCAGGAUUUCCAGGCGUCUGUGCUGCAGGUGUCAGACUCUCCAUACGAUGAACAGGUGGCUGCACAGAUGCCAACAGUGCACUAUGAGCUGCCCAACGGCUACAACUGUGACUUUGGUGCUGAGAGGCUGAAGAUCCCAGAGGGUUUAUUUGAUCCCUCUAAUGCAAAGGGAUUGUCUGGAAACACCAUGUUGGGAGUUGGCCACGUGGUGACAACCAGUGUGGGAAUGUGUGACAUUGACAUCCGGCCGGGUUUGUAUGGCAGUGUGGUGGUGACAGGAGGAAACACACUCAUUCAAGGUUUCACUGACCGUUUGAACAGAGAACUCUCCCAGAAAACUCCCCCGAGCAUGAGGCUGAAGCUGAUAGCCAACAACACAACAGUGGAGCGCCGCUUCAGUGCCUGGAUAGGAGGCUCCAUCCUGGCAUCACUUGGAACCUUCCAGCAGAUGUGGAUUUCCAAACAGGAGUAUGAGGAGGGAGGAAAGCAGUGUGUGGACAGGAAGUGCCCUUGACCUUUCUCCUGUUACUUUCUUUGCCAUAAGCUCAGCAUUAUCAGUCCUACAGAGUUGACCCCAGACUCAGGAGCACUGAUGGAAGUUCACUUCAUUUGUAUGAUUUCAUUUUAUUACUGAAUUGGUCCAUGAUUUAUUGUGGAAAGCAUCAUCAGCAAACAUCCACAAUAUAAACUGUGUCACAGUGAAAAAUGUUUAUUUCUGUUUAUGUCAUUACAGUUGGUUUGUCUCCUUAACAUUUGGUUGUUGCUGUUUUGUGGACACCUUGCAGUCGGUCAGUUUUAGCUCGAUGUGUAUUGAAGUUCAGUUAUUGGUCACGGGGGGAAAAUAGCACAUAACGUGCAAGGUUUUUGCAGAACACGGUAAACUACUUUUAGGAAGAUCAACCUUAGUUUGGGGUAAAAAAUGUUUUUUGUCCAUAAGCCUUUUUCUAUGUAGUGAGUAAACUUGUCAAAGGCAGCCAGUUCAUGCCUGUGCUUCAUGUGUCAACUCAAAUAAAUUUGUAUUUAAUUUUCA